CUUUUCGUUGGUGAUGCCCAUGGAAUUUAAAUAGUGUGAUUGAAGACUUUAUCACGAAUUCGCGUUGACAUAUCGCGACAGGAGGUAGUAGCGACUUGGCAUCGAAAAAAAUGUGAAAUGGGAUAGGUCAAGGCGCGUCUGGUCCGUUCGUGAGGAAGAGAUCCUUAUGGCCACGUUGAAGAAUUUGACGGCGAAUGGGUGGAAAGCCGACAAUGGUUUCCGUACUGAUUACCUAAUGCGGGCGAGGGAGGCGAUCAAGCGUGAAUUUCCUAAUACGGACAUCAUGCCACACCUGCACAUAUAUUCGAAGAUAACAACUUGGAAGAGGCAAUACAAUUCCCUCAAGAUGAUGCUGAAUCUUAGCGGUAUUGGAUUCAAUUCGGAUGGCACUUAUAAAAUAGAGUGUGAUGAUGAGCAGUGGCAUCAGUUUGUGAAGAAAUACAGGCAUGCGAAAUAUAUGCGUAACAAAUCUUGGCCUCAAUUUGAAGACUGGAUGGAGGUUUUUGGAAAGGAUAGGGCUGAUGGAGAAAGGAGAGUUGAUGUUGGGGCUGCUGUCGGACAAAUAUAUAGACAUAGAGAGGAGGUACCUGCCGACGAUAGUCAAUCACACCCCAUGACUUGGAGGAGCUGUUUUGAUGAAGUUUUCCCAGAAGGAGUUUUACCCGAGAUGAUCGAUGAGAGUCAGUCUGUUACCGAUGGGGGGUUUAGCGGGCGCAGGUAUUGGUGCAGGAGUCGGGCCAGAGGGGAGCAUAGGAGGUACAACAGGUACUGGAUCCGGUACUGGUUCAGGUGCUGCUACGAAAUUGCCCAAAAAGGAUGCGAAGAAGCGCAAAAUAGAAGACAAGAUGGACGGAGUCAUAUCUCUAAUGGGUCAGAUACACACCGACACAAACGAGCGCCUAAAAGAGAUAUCUUCAAGGAUUGGGUACGAGUUCGAUCUUAGUACCAAAAGAACAGAGGUGUUUGAGCAGCUAAAAGGAAUUCCAGGCCUAUCUUUGAAGCUACAGUUUUAUGUAUCGAAGAAGCUUGUGAAGGAACCUGAACUCUUGGACCUCUUCCGUGGAUUGCCGGAGACUGCUCGGGCGGCUUUUGUGUUUGAUCUCCUUGAGACUGAUGGGAAGCUUUAAAUUAUCUAAGGCAUAAUAGUACUACUAUAUGAAUGUUUGUUAGACUUUUAAUGGCAUAGCUCUGUAUUUGUUGGUGAAUUGGGACACCUUAAUUCUCAUGUUGAAACUCCCCAAGUUGUGGUUGUUAGUACAUCCGACUAUAGUAUAUGAUUCGCCGCAAAUUGUGUUUUUUGUAGAUUCCAUGAACAAUU